AUGGGCAAGACAAAGUACCAAGAACUGCAGCCAUUCUACCACGUCGCAGAUGCGAGGUUGAGUGAAGGGCUUACGUACAUCAAAGAGACCGACACAUUGCUAUGGGUGGACAUCUACCGUGGCGAGAUCCACCGUCUCGACAGUGUGUCUGCCUCGGGCACUGCAAACCACAAGGUGUUCAACGUUAGCCAGAGCACCUACAGCUCUGGCGCUGCCAUCAAGUACCCAAAGACACCUACCCCGCUGCGCGAAUCUGUUGGUUGUAUCUUCCCAGUGAUCACCGAUGGUCAGGUGGACACUGUGCUGUUUGGCAGUAAGUUCGGUGUAGGCCGCUGUCAAUUCAGCUCUGGCGAGUGGGAGUACCUAACGCUGUACUCACACUGCCCCGAGCUGGCUAGUGGUGACCGCUGGCUGGACCUGCGGUCCAACGACGGUAACGUCUCCCCAGAUGGCAAGUCGCUGUAUGUGGGGGUGAUGUGCGACUUCCACGUGCCUAUGCAAGACAUCGGCGCCAUUGUUCGCGUGGACCUGGUCGGUUCAGCUGCGCUCCCCUUGCCUGUACACCUGGUCAUUGACAGAGUCAAGAUCCCCAACGCGAUCCACUGGAACAGCGCGGGCACCAAGAUGUACUGGACUGACUCCUUGCACUUCUGUCUGUGGGAGCAGGAUGGCGACGACAGCAGCACCAAGAAGAAGCUGAUUGACGUGCAGCGCCACAACCCUGAGUUUGAAUCCCCAGAGCCAGACGGAUCCGCCACAGACUUGGUCAACAACGUCGUCUACGUGUGUGUAUGGUCCACACACAAGGUGCAGAAGUACUCCCUAGAGGACGGCACACUGCUACACGAGUAUGUCUUGCCGCAGUCCACCCCUCGGAUCUCCUCCUGCUGCUUUGUCGGCAGGGAUCUGUGCAUCACCACCGCCAAUUUGGACAUCGAGCAAGGCAGCAGCGCCUCAGGUGACUCCGUCGGAGGCUGCAUCUACAAGCUGACUGACGUGCUGGACUCAUCCACCGACGUCGGCAGCGCCAAGAGACAGCCAGAUAUCUCUCAGCUGCCAUGA